CGCGCUGGAGCUGCGGACAGCCGUCGCCGCCGACGCCGCCGCCACCCUUUCGACCUGUGCCGCCACCGCCGCUGCGUGUCGCCACCAUGAACCAGGAUCUUCGCAGGGAGCGGGAAGCCGCCAGCUUCAACCCGGAGCUGCUCACUCACGUCCUGGACGGCAGCCCCGAGAGCACCCGGCGCCGCCGAGAGAUCGAGAACCUGAUCCUGAAUGACCCAGACUUUCAGCACGAGGACUUGAACUUCCUGACUCGCAGCCAGCGUUACGAGGUGGCUGUUAGGAAGAGUGCCACCAUGGUGAAGAAGAUGAGGGAGUUUGGCAUCGCAGACCCAGAGGAAAUCAUGUGGUUUAAAAGAAUGCAUUUGGUCAAUUUUGUGGAACCUGUGGGCCUCAAUUUCUCCAUGUUUAUUCCUACCUUGCUGAAUCAGGGCACCACUGCUCAGCAAGAGAAAUGGCUGCUUUCAUCCAAAGGACUCCAGAUAAUUGGCACCUACGCCCAGACGGAAAUGGGCCACGGAACUCAUCUCCGAGGCUUGGAAACCACAGCCACUUACGAUCCUGAAACUCAGGAGUUCAUUCUCAACAGCCCUACUGUGACCUCCAUCAAGUGGUGGCCUGGUGGACUUGGGAAGACUUCAAAUCAUGCAAUAGUUCUUGCCCAACUCAUCACUAAGGGGAAAUGCUACGGAUUACAUGCCUUCAUCGUACCUAUUCGUGAAAUUGGGACCCAUAAGCCUUUGCCAGGUAUUACCGUGGGAGAUAUCGGCCCCAAAUUUGGCUAUGAUGAGAUGGAUAAUGGCUACCUGAAGAUGGACAAUUAUCGUAUUCCCAGAGAAAACAUGCUGAUGAAGCAUGCCCAGGUGAAGCCGGAUGGCACGUACGUGAAACCUGUGAGUAACAAGCUGACCUACGGGACCAUGGUGUUUGUCAGGUCCUUCCUUGUAGGAGAAGCCGCUCGGUCUCUGUCCAAGGCUUGCACUAUCGCCAUCCGAUACAGCGCUGUGAGGCACCAGUCCGAAAUCAAGCCAGGUGAACCAGAACCACAGAUUUUGGAUUUUCAGACCCAGCAGUAUAAACUCUUCCCACUCCUGGCCACUGCCUAUGCCUUCCAGUUUGUAGGUGCGUACAUGAAGGAGACCUACCAUCGAAUUAAUGAGGACAUUGGCCAAGGGGAUCUAAGUGAAUUGCCUGAGCUCCACGCCCUCACUGCUGGCCUGAAGGCUUUCACCUCCUGGACGACUAAUGCUGCUAUCGAAGCCUGUCGGAUGGCGUGUGGCGGACAUGGCUACUCUCACUGCAGUGGCCUUCCAAAUAUCUAUGUCACUUUUACCCCCACCUGCACCUUUGAGGGAGAGAACACUGUCAUGAUGCUGCAGACGGCUAGGUUCCUGAUGAAAAGUUACGACCAAGUGCACGCAGGGAAGUUGGUGUGUGGCAUGGUGUCCUACUUGAAUGGCCUGCCCACUCAGCGCAUCCAGCCGCAGCAGGUAGCAGUGUGGCCAGCUGUGGUGGACAUCGACAGCCCCGACAGCCUAACGGAAGCAUACAAACUUCGUGCGACCAGAUUGGUGGAAAUUGCUGCAAAAAACCUUCAAAAUGAAGUGAUUCACAGAAAAAGCAAGGAAGUAGCGUGGAACCUAACUUCCGUUGACCUUGUUCGAGCAAGCGAGGCACAUUGCCACUAUGUGGCAGUUAAGCUUUUUUCAGAAAAACUCCUCAAAAUUGAAGAUAAAUCUGUCCACGCUGUCUUAAGGAAUUUAUGUCUCUUGUAUUGUCUGUAUGGAAUCAGUCAGAAGGCAGGGGAUUUUCUUCAGGGAAGUAUCAUGACAGAGUCUGAGAUUACCCAAGUAAAUCAGCGCAUAAAGGAGUUGCUGAUAGCAAUUCGCCCAGAUGCUGUUGCUUUGGUGGAUGCGUUUGAUUUUCAGGAUGUGACACUCGGCUCUGUGCUUGGCCGUUAUGAUGGGAACGUGUAUGAGAAUUUGUUUGAGUGGGCCAAGAAAUCCCCACUGAACAAAUCAGAGGUCCAUGAGUCUUACUUCAAGUACCUGAAACCACUGCAGUCCAAGCUCUGAAGGGUCAUGGGGACAAGUGCAGUUCGCUCCAGAAAGAGCUGGACUCGACACCCCUUACACUUGUCACACAAAGCUGCUUGGGAUCUUGACCAAACUCAGAGAGCUAUAGAGCAAAUGAUAAAUUGAGCCCUUUCCUCUUUUUAUAAAUGAAGAAAAAAUGAACAGAUUUCAGAGAUUAAAUGAAAAAAAACGGAUGUGUUUUAAAUGCCAUUAACACUGCAUGAGGCCUGUUGGGCGUCAGAAAGAGCUUUAAGAGAUGCAGCAUGACUUCCAUCUGUGGUGCUGCUGACCCCAGUAGGCCAUGACCUUGGAUAAUUCGUAGAAUGUAACUACUAAGUAGUUAAUUAUUUUCACCUCUUAAUUGCUAAUCACUGGAUCUGUAAGUGUUUUUACUUAAAGGUAUUUUUUAAGUGGGGUAAAGCCCUUCCCACCUUUUCUGCUAAAUGUUCU